CAAAAAUAUAUACCUUUUUCUCAAGUUGAAUCUAUUGCUGCAUUUAACAAUAUUCAUUUGCGUGGUGGAUGUUUUUGUAACUCUGGAGCAUGUCAAGAUUACUUAAGUCUAAAUAAUGAAGAAAUGAUUGAGUCAUACAAAGAUAAAAACAGUUGUACUGAAAAUGGCUCAAGUGACAAUAAACCUUUUGGUGCAAUAAGAAUUUCAUUUGGUUAUUUAUCUACUUUUAAAGAUUCUUUUGUAUUCAUUCAAUUUAUAAAAGAUAAUUUUGUAAAAUAA